AUCGUCGUUUUCCGAAUGACAUUGACCAGUAUCCUGGGAUCCUCUAAAUCGGAGCCUGAGCGUUUCCCGAAUGACAUGGACGCAAAUCUGAAAGGAAAUGGUAAUAUGAAGCCCUGGGAGGGAUGGCUAUGGCUUUACCUGGGAUCGUCUAAAUCGAAACCGGAGCGUUUCCCGAAUGACAUCGACGCAAACCUGGGAUCUUCAAAAUUAAAGCCUGAGCGUUUUCCGAAUGACAUGGACGCAAAUCUGGAAGAAAAUGGGGAAAUGAAAGGUUCAGUGAAACUUUUCAAUCAGUACCUGGGAUCUUCUAAGUCGAAGCCUGAGCGUUUCCCGAAUGACAUCGAUGUAAAUCUAGGAUCAUCGAAGUCGAAACCAGACCGCUUUCCGAAGGACAAGGAGGCGAAUCUUGGAUCAUCAAAGUCGUAUAGUGUAGAUCGUUUCCCGAAUGAGUUGGAAAUGAACCUCGGGUCCAUGUCAGCCCGUUUUAUGUAA